AAAACACACACACAUGCACAUGCAGACGCAUUGAAACACACAGAGUUCCAUGCGGCUCCUGAGUGUUUCAUCGAGACUUUAAAACAGCCUUCCUCCUCUCUGUCCAAACAGAAUCACCUCAGGCGCCAGUGAUCUCCAUGACUCUCCUGUACUGUAUCGUGUUGGUGCUGCUGUGUGUUGUUGGCUCUGGCUCAGCCACUCUUUUUGAAGGCACGGACUAUGGUGGUAUACCCCUGUGGAUUAAUCGCCUAAUAGGUGAGCCCAGCGUGCUUAGUAUACAGGGACGGAUGGAUCGAGCCUGGUUCAGGGCUAACAACCCCCAAGCCUGCCCUCAACAGUGUGAUUGCCCCAUCCAGUGGCCCACUGCGCUCUAUUGCGACCACAGAGGCCUGGCAGAGAUCCCUGAUCCUCUGCCAGAGAGGACUCAAUACCUGUUUUUGCAGGGUAACAAUAUAUCAUCCCUGUCCUCCUCAUAUCUUGCCAACAUUACUGGUCUACGCUGGCUCAUUCUAGACCACAACCAGCUGGAGAGCAACACACUGGACCAGGCCUUCCUACGGAACCAAACCCAGCUGUACUACUUUUUUGCCAACCACAACCACCUGAGAUCAGUUCCCAGUGAACUACCAGUAGGACUCAGGCAGCUUCGUCUGGCCCAUAACCAAAUCAGCAGCAUCAGCCCUGAAACUUUGCAGAAACUGCACAACCUGACAGUACUGCUACUGCAGGGAAACAGACUGAAAACCAUCUCAAAAGGAGACCUCAAAGGUCUUGUCAAUCUGAACCUGCUGGACCUCAGCGACAAUUUGUUCUCAUCCGUCCCCAGACAUUUACCUCCAUCUGUCCAGCAGCUCUACCUGUCCAAUAAUUCCCUCUCUGGGCUGGAUGAAGACAGCUUUGAGGGAUUUCUCCAGCUGAAGUAUCUUCGUCUAAGUCACUGUGGUCUAAAGAGCCAUGUCAUCAACCCUCAGAUCUUCAAUGUCUCCAGCUUGGUUGAACUGGACCUUUCCUAUAACAAACUCACUACAGUUCCCACUGUCCCCACCUCCCUGCAGUACCUCUACCUGGAGGCCAAUAAAAUUCAAGGGUUCAACUUGACGAGUUUCUGCAGAGAGGUUGGACCAAUGUCCUACUCCAGGAUGAAGAUAUUACGACUGGAUGGAAACAAGAUGACCCACCUACAGCUGCCGCCCGACUGGGUCUUCUGCCUGCGAGUGCUUCAGAGUCUUUACAUCUGACUGCGCCCCAUGGAUAUGCAUAAAUUAAAGAAUUACUGUAUGUGACAGGCCAGCCCUGUUUAUUGGUGCAAAGAAAAAAUGUCUGUUAAGCCAAAAACUCAGAAUUAAAGCUAUAAGCCAGAGAGGAAGCUUCUGACUCCUUGUGUCUUAAUGAUGUAGAUUCACUGCCAGGCACUUAGG